UUUGAACUUGAAAGCACGGUAUAGUUUGAGCACUGACGAUGGCAUUGCUGCGCGUGUCAGCAUCACCUCGGCUGUUCGCCUUGAGGUUGGCGAGAAUUUUUCAAGUUUAGCCAGAUCUGAACUAUGACAAAGCGGAAUAAUACAAAAAAAUGUACAAGUACGAAACAGCCUGUGGUCUUUUUCCCCUCAAGGUACUUUUUUCUGGAAGCGUUCUUUUGCUUGACACGAAAAUUAUCUCCUUCGUAUAGACUACUGUAAAAUGUAAUUUGGCUAACGAGUGCGUUGUCUGUUUCCUGAAACGGUUAACUGCCGAUAUCUAAAAUAGACCGCUUCAACGGUGCAGCCUAGUGUUGAAAUUUGAGUUUAAAAUCAGACUAAAAUAUAUACAAAACUAAAACAAACAAAAAAAUGCUAUAUUUAGGGUAAAUUGAGGGAUAUCUCAGAUAAUUUUAGCACUGUGGCAAGUUCCGUCCUGUCGCAAUAGCAGAUUGCGUUCUUUAGGACCGAGGGGACAACUGCCUGGCUCGUGUUGCUCUGUAAAUCACUAUCAAGAGAACAUUCAACACGCUCGCAUAGCAGCAUCCAUCCUCCACAACAUUUAUACCCUGUCUUUUUAUUCCAAAACGGCUGUCAUUCGUCAAACCAGCAAAAAGGCAGAAUGUACAUAAUAUUUCUUCAGCACCGUGUGUGCGUAAAAUAAAAAAUCUGCAAGAGGAAGUCGAUUGUUUUUGUUGAUUCACCAUAUAUGCGUGGACGUGCAUCGAAACUGUAAGCGGGAGUACGACAGAACGGACACUUGGGACUUUGGUGUAAACUCUUGAAAAGAAUCCGCAGGGUCCUGGACAUAAACUGGAUAGCCCACUGCAGGGACAUUUAUGUGCCGUUAACUGGGAGAACUGCUACUUGCCGUUGCGCGGAGGGCUAGCUAAUGUUUGGCACGGGGAAUGCUCUUAAGCAGAACGCUCUUUCACCUUGGAAGGAAAGCCCUCUCCUCCUCACCUAUGCCUUCCCAAAGACCUCAGUGAGGAGGAGUGGGUCAAAGAGAGGGACCAACUGAAACCACCCCCCCCCCCCACCGCGGGCCCAACAGAGCCGAGGAUGGAGGGAUCGACGGAGGAGAAGAGCGGGGGAGGAGAGCCGGGUCCGGGGUCGGGGUCGGGCUGCAGGUGCAACGGACUGAUAAACACGCGCAGCCUGGCGGAGACCCGGGAGGGGCUGGUGUCCGUGUACUCGGCCCCCCAGUACCAGGGCCACGUGGUGGCGAACCCGUCGCCCCAGCCGGAGAGGAACGGGAAGGGCGGGGGCGGGGGCGGGCCCCCCCCGCAGCUGCUCAACCCCAGCGCCCUGCCCCGGGCCGUGGACCCCCGCUUCCGGCCCGACCUCAUCCUGUACCCCGAGGGCGUGCUGAAGGCCUGGGGGGAGGGGGACUGCUGCGAGACCACCUUCAUCGAGGACCUGUCGCCGCCGCCGCCGCCGCCCGCCAAGGACGGGCUGCUGUUCGCCGACGGCAGGUUCCUGGAGCUGGCGGGCGAGGACGGCAAGAUCCAGACGCUCUCGUACGACGUGGACGAGGAGGAGGAGUUCCAGGAGCUGGAGAGCGAGUACUCGAGCGACACGGAGAGCGAGGACAACUUCCUGAUGAUGCCCCCGCGGGACCACCUGGGCCUCAGCGUCUUCUCCAUGCUCUGCUGCUUCUGGCCCCUGGGCAUCGCCGCCUUCUACCUGUCGCACGAGACUAACAAAGCCGUAGCCAAGGGGGACUUCCACCUGGCCAGCUCCAGCUCCCGACGGGCCCUCUUCCUGGCCGUGCUGUCCAUCACCAUCGGGACAGGCAUCUACGUGGGCGUGGCCGUGGCCCUCAUCGCGUACCUCUCCAAAAACAACCACUUGUAGCUCCCCGAGUCGACCCCCCCUUCCCCUUCCCCUUCCCCCCCCCCCGCUCCGGGCUGUCUGUGUGUCCGCAUUCGCAAGUGGGGUAAGGGCGAAGAAAAAGAAGAGAGGUCAAAAGGGCUUCAAGACAACACCCUAAACCCUAAUCCCGACCCCCCUUCCCCCACUCCGAGCUGUCUGUUCACAUUCGCGGAGGUCAAAAGGGCUUCAGACAAGGCCCCGACCCUAACCCUAACAGUAAGGCUGUAAGGCAUGUUCGUUUGACUUUGGGCACUUGGAUAUGGAACACCGAGCAGGCCGCAUCAGAGUAGUCUCGGACAAGAGAGUGGAAUCUUCCCAUGCGGUUCUCUUAAAAGGACACGGAUAUUGACCUUUACCUAAUUAUUCAUUUUCUCUUGUUCGUUUUGUUUUGUUUUUUUCCCCAUGUUGCAUUUUGUCUGUUAUCUCAAUGCAAUGAGUAUUGUCCAUCACGGUACCAGGCAGAAGAACCUGGGGACACCUUCAAAGGAUUAGACCUACAGGAGGUUUGCUUCUUGCUGUCAAUCAACAGGGCUCAUGUACAACAUCGUAAUGUUUUGCACAUGCUCAGAAGAGGGUUUCCGCGACCUCCCCUUUUGGGCCACACUGACCUUUCAGCACCAUUCAUGGUGCUAAAGACACUGUUGAAGCCAGACAUUUCUUUGGUCCUGUAAAUUAUUUUUGAAUUUUAUUUUUUAAAAUGAAUUGAAAGUAAAUUAUUUGUCUUAUAAGGAAUAUACAGUGGAUACAUGUUUUUGGUGGCUCAUUAACAAGGCCUGUGUCUGACAGUAACUCGAGAUCUGCUCGAUAAAGGAUUUUAACAUACCAGCGUGGUAUGAACAGGCCGGAGGGCCAGACCAGAAGAGAGUGGUAUGGGGAACCAGAACCAGAGACCACACAUCACUCAGUACAUUAAAAACAAAUAUAUUUUUUCUGACCUGUGAAGAGAAAAAAAAAAAAAAAAAAUUUAAAGAGAAAUGCCAUGGGCUUGGCACAAAAUGACGCAGAGUAACUGCCACGACUCCAGCAGUGCUUUUGUGCAGAAGGCUGAGCUUGCCAUUGGUUCCCGUCUGAUCGCGCUUCGGGGGAAAGACUCCUCGUCUCAUCGACAGGUGUCAAUCACGGUCGGACGGCAGCAAGUGCGUCGUAGCAGCUAGACCAACUGAAUUGCUGGGAGUCGACGACACUGUAGACACAGUACUAAGAGCUGUAAAUACAGCACCCUUGUUGUUUUGUUCACACACCUAGCAUACCUGGAGGGUACGUGCCAAAAUUGUGUAACAAGUAACGACUGAAUGCCGUGUCCUUCUUAUUUAGGCAUAUACAGUAUGUUGAAAUGCCCACGGUUUGGUUAAAAACCUGCUGAAUUUCUUUAACAGCCUGAUCACUGGCUAACUAAGUUAAUCCUUCGGUUGAAGCAAAAUGGAGGACGUGUCGAACGUGACGCUCGUAUAAUUUACUGACACGGCAGACAAAAGUUUGUCCAGCCUUGAGUGAGUGCUGUUUUUUUUUUUUUGUUGUUGUAUUUUUCCAUGUAACUCUUCUGUUACAUGCAGAUUUCAGACAUAACUGUGACAACAAAAACAGUAAAUAAAGAGCUAUCGAGCUGGAACUGACAAGUCGGCUCCAGAGAACAUACCAGCUGAUCAUUUUAACAAAGAUCUCACCCUUUCGUGAGGUAUCGACUAAAGCUAAUUCUCGACUCUUGUCUAACUCCUAUGCUAGCAACUGUUAAGAACUUCAUCUUAUUUUGUGUUCCAAAGAUGCCAAAAAAAACUGAAAGCAUUGCAUAGUAAUGUUGUUAAUGAGGACUUCAGCUCCAAAUAAAUAUAGCACUGUAAAAUUAAAAGACAAACUGUUCUGAGCCAAAGUGGUACUGAAUUACACAAAUACAUCUACAUGCAAACUAUAAAAGAAAAGGAAGGGGGCUUCACUGAGGGUCCAGCCUCUAGUUAACUGUGAUUGAGAGUCACACUGCUUGUUUUCUGCCCCCAGUUCAGACUGGGAAGCUGUAAAUUGGUUUAUAAAGUGGUGUUUGCACUCAUUGGGUAAAGUGAGGAUCUGGGAUCCUUAUUAUUUAUAUUAUAUGCACAUUUUGUUUUUUGUGAAAUGGAGGACAAAUGAAGUUCCAGCGCACCAAUAAAUGUUGCUUUGGCAUCUCGCUCAUGCUAAGCCCA